GAGAAGACACGGGCAGUCCCUCUGUACUCAAAGUCUAAGGAUGGAUUGAUCUCUGUAUGACGGAGAACAAGACAUUACAGGUUAUCAAGAAACUAUCACCAUUCAAAAAAUGAAUAACUCAACUACAACUCUGAAUGUCACUGAAGCUGAUGGUUCCCAUCAAGCAAAUACACAACUGUCUUUCACUGCAGCUACUGGCAUUGCUAUUGUCUUCAGUGUCAUCGGCUUGAUUGGAAAUUUUAUUGUUUUUUGGUAUCUUUGCUUCAAGAUCAAGAAGAGCAAGUAUACCAUUUACAUCAUCAAUCUGUCAGUGGCGGACUUCAUCUUUCUGCUUUUCAACAUAGUUGCACUAAUAUUGUUCAUUCAUACACUAACAAGUACAAAUCCACAGACGGAAUGGAAAGAUUCCUUUUUAGUAUUUUUGGAAAUAUUUUCUAAAAGCGGACAAUAUUCGGGAAUGUUUAUCCUCACAGCUCUCAGUCUGGAAAGAUGCCUUUCUGUCCUAUUCCCCUUUUGGUACCAAUGUCAGCGACCUAAUAACUUGUCCGUUAUCAUCUGUGUUUCAGUUUGGAUUCUUGGAUGCUCAGAGAGUCUCAUAGAUAACUUGGUGUGCCCAGCAGAAGCUUUUUAUGUACAGAAUACAGCGUGCACGGCAGUUCAGAUCAUUGUUUUUGGUUUGGCCAUUGUUAUCUGUUUACCAAUUAUGGUGAUUUCUAGUUUCAUCUUGCUCUUCAAGAUAAAGAGGACCUUUAACGACCAAUAUCCACAAAAGUUCUACAUUAUCAUUAUUGUUGCAGUUUGUGUAUUUAUUAUUUCUGUUAUCCCAAUCAAUUUUGUCUGGUUUUUCAUGUAUUUCAAAGUGCUAAAAUCAGAUGUUGCAACAGUUGGAUUUUUUUUUGGUAGUAUGUAUUGUCUUGUCUUAAAUUGCACCAUUGACCCAUAUAUUUACUUCAUUGUUGGGAAUAAAUGGAAGAAGAAAUCUAGUCAUUCUAUCAAAGAUGCCCUUGAACGAGCCUUCAGAACAGAAGAUGAUGAAAAUGAUGACUCAAACAGUAAUAAAACAAGCAACUUAUCAAACCAAAGCAAUCUUGCAAGUGCAUUUUAGGAUUUGCGCUGCACUGCAAUAACAACCUAAGGCAAGGACUGGGACAAUCAAGGAUUCUGCUAAAUGAAAAUUACCCUAACCAUGGGAUGCAUCUGGUAUUGCAGUUCAGCCGCAUUCAAGUGAAAAGAGUGGCACUGUUUCUACGGAAAAACAAACAAACAUACAGACCUUAUUUCCUAAAGAUGUGCAACCACAGUGAAAUUUCUCAGCAUUUUAGUGCAUUUACACCGACCCAGUCGUGGUGGGUGUGUGGUUUUAAAUGCACUAUAAUACAGAGAAAAUUCAUGAGUUUAGUUAAUCCUUUAGUGACAAGACUAUUUUAGGGCUGAUUCAGACCACUGCGUUCAGACCCGGAAAUACGUGCUAUUUAUCGGCAGCUUCUCCCAGACUAACUUUGGCUCCCUGACCUGAACUAACUGCAUCAUAGUAGUUUAGGAUACAGUCAGUUCCUAUCUGAUCAAGUGUUCAUUGUACUGUCUUCGCAUCAUUAUGUGAGCAAUGUACAGUAGAGCUUGGCCACCAGCAUCCUGUCCUAGAAUGUGAUCAGGACUGGUCGCUUCCACUUGCAGUGCUGCCUAGGGGGGUGAGGUGACUGGGCCUCAAUACACACUAUGCUCUGGCAUUAUUAUAUACUACAGAGAGAGACCAGUAUGCUAAUCUGUGACAAUAUAUAUAUGUUGUCUGGAGGGUAUUAUUUCUCCCACUGUGUGUGUAUCGUACGUUUGCACAAAAUUGUAGGCCAAACAAUGCCCUUCUGGGAUUUCUAGGAAAGAUAUUCAAAUUUACUUUUCUAAGCCUAUCUGAUGCUAGCAGAUGUUAGACAUGAUAAUUUGACAAUAGUCAUCGCGUAUAUUAACUGGUCUCCAUAAUAGAAAUAGUAUCCUCCCAGAGGUCCCCCCAAGGCCUUUUAACUAGAGAAGCUGUUUCUAUCUGCUGGCUUAGCUAUUUUCCUAGUUUUACAACAUAAGCAUGUUUAAAAGGCUGGAAGGCACCCCUGCCGAUCUGUUGCGCGAUGAUGAUAUUUACCUGCUCACCGUGCAGCAGAUAGCAGCUGCAGAAUUGAUUUGUUGGUCCUUAGUAGACAGGAUUGCAUCUAUUAUAGAGCAGUGUAGUGUGUAGUGAGGCCCCAUACCCCUGGGCAGAUCUGCAAGUGGAGGCAACAACCAGUCCUGCGCACAUUUUAGGACAGGUUACCGGGGGCCAUUUUAAAUAAUUCCAGAGGAACCUCUUUAAAGUCCAAGAAUUUAUAUAUAUAUUUUUUUUCAUUAUUCCACUCAAGAACCUUUUCUGUUAACAUAGCCAUAUGAAGGCUAAUUUUUUAUUUUAUUUUUUUGCAGGAUGCGUUAUAUUUUUCAACAGCUCAAUUUUGGGGUGCAUAUAACGUAUUAAUUAACUUAUAUAAAAAUCAACAAUUCCGCAAUUUUUUUUUGGCUUUAUAAAAUGUGUGCCAUUCACUUUUCUGCAUAAAUAACGUUAUUUUUAUUCUAUGAGUUACAACCAUUAUGGUAUACAAUAAAAACACUUUGUUUA